UUUCUAACGACCCCCAAACUCAGCUGCGCGCUUUUUCAAAGGCUUUUCACAGCAGAGCCGCCGUCGCCGCCGCCGAACAAACAAUAAUAAUGAAAAGCGCCAGACAAAAACCGAAGAGCUAAUUGGCCAACCAGUAUUAUAUCGAAUUUUGUUAAUUACGGCUGACACCGCCUAAAUGUUUGAAUAUCAAUCGACCAAGUUUUCAUGCUACUGAACAAGUCGGAGCUGCCAAGUAGUGGAAUAAAAUCAAAAUAAAUUGAAAGCAAAAAAUCCUUAAUACACACGCACACACGGGCAGACGUCUGGUGGGAGUGUGUGUGAGUGAGUGUAGGUGUGUGUUUAUGCGCAGGCGCCAAUUCACGUUUCUGUGCAUUAAUUGCUUUUUGCGAAUUAUUCUGCAAUACGAUCGAAAGCCUUUUCUGGCGGAUGCCAUGUAGAGCCACAUAUCAGCAUCGUGCAAUCGAAGUCAGAGAAGAAUCAUGGUGGAAUCCUCAAGUCUGGGGCGGACCCCGCCGGCAGCCCAGCAGCCCAUUCCGCAGCAGCACUCCCCGUCGCCCUCGGGAUUGCGGUGCGGGAACAUGGAGACGCGGGUGCGCGGCGCCUGGUACCGCGUCCUAGUCACACUGGAAACGGACUUUCUGGCCGUCAGUCUUGACGAGUCCUGCGAGGCGUCACAACCAUCCAACGAUGGCCAAUCAACCACCCUGAACGGAACCUUGGGGAGCAAUCACAGUGGCGGAGGAGGCGGUGGCGCCGGCGGAGGUGGCUCUGGUGGGACUGGCCAGAACGGCACCCUGCCAACUUCCGCUUCGCUCCAGGGGAUGAACAUUCAGGACACGGAGCUGGACGGCUCCACUAGCAACGACAACGGCGACCGCGACCUCUGCCUGAACAACAACAACAAUGCCGGCGACGGGGGCGGCAUGGAUAUGUGCGACGUACCUGACCAUGUGGCCAACCAGAAGCGGCACGUGCGGAUCAUCAAGUCGGACAACAACGGCCUGGGCAUCUCCAUAAAGGGCGGUCGCGAGAACCGGAUGCCCAUCCUCAUCUCGAAGAUCUUCCGGGGCAUGGCCGCCGACCAGGCCAAGGGCCUCUACGUGGGCGACGCCAUCCUGACGGUCAACGGGGAGGAGCUGCGGGACGCCACCCACGACGAGGCGGUGCGGGCCCUCAAGCGGUCCGGUCGGGUGGUGGAUCUGGAAGUUAAAUUCCUACGCGAAGUGACGCCCUACUUUCGGAAGGCGAGCAUCAUCUCGGAGGUGGGCUGGGAGCUCCAGCGGGCAUUUCUCUGUCCGCUGGGCCCGGGCGUACCCACCUCGCCGCCCGCUCCGAAAACGACACCCCGGGCGGAUACGCGAUAUAUACCGCUGCAGCUGACGCAUCUGGCCAGGAAUCUUAAGUACAUCGACCCGGAGAAUCGGUGCUUCGAGCUGCACUCGCCGGACGGAGUGCACUCCUGCAUCCUGCGGGCGGCGGACUCGGCGGAGGCCCUGGUCUGGUUCAAUGCCCUCCACUCGGCGAUGGGCAGCAGCACGCAGCGGGCGCUGGCCGAGGCCAAUCGGGCGCUGACCAACCUCAUCGGCGAACUGAAGCACAUCGGCUGGCUGAGCAAGCGCAUGAGCGGCGGCGGCGGCGGGAGCUCCGGCAGCGCCGGUGGCGGAGCGGCCAGCGGCGGCAGCGGCACUUCGAACAGCGGCGUGGCCGGCGAGCUGGUAAGUCCCAGCGGACGUUCCAGUUCGGAAAGCUCGGACGAGAGCGACAAGUGGCUGCCCAUUUUUGUGGCGGUGACGGAGCGGGAGUUCCGGAUAUACGAGAGUGCUCCCUGGUCGGUGGAGGCCUGGAGUCGUCCGUUGGAGAUCUACGCCCUGGCCACGACGCGUCUGGCGGGAGCCGGCAACAAUUCCUCGCUGAACGGUCAGCAGACCACGGUGUUCUGCGUCCGCUGCGGUACCGCCCGCGGCGUUCUCGUCUAUUGGCUGCGCUCGGAGACGCACCGGGACAUGGCCGCCUGGGCCAGGUUCCUCGUCCAGGGCUCCCAUCAGGCGGUCAACUACCAGAGGGAGUUCUCCUUCCGCUGCCUGUUCCAAGGCCGGCAGUGUCAAUUGGUUGUGCACAUAAAUCGCGGCUUCUUUCUGUACGACUGCGGUGGAUUCGCUCCGACCACUCCGACGGUGGCCACCUCCAAAACGCAGCUCUGGCAGUUCGCCUUCGACAAGCUGAAGGGCUCCGCGGACGAUGGCACCAGGAUGUUGUAUCUGGACUUUGGCGAUGAUGGAGAGAUUGAACUUGACAUGGAGUGCUGUCCCAAGCCGGUGGUUUUUGUGGUGCACAACUGCCUGUCGGCAAAAGUUCAUAACAUUGCCUAGGACGAGGCUGGAUCGGAGGGGACAAUCUAAUAGUUGUUGAUGUUUUAGGUAUAAUGGAUGUUGAUAUUUGUUCAAAACUAAUGUGCAAUUUAAUUUGUUAUAAGAUUGUUCCAAUCCGAAUGGUUGCUCGAAAAAGUAUUAUUAUUUAUUUGGUUUUCAGACUCUUAGUCUGAAAUGUUUUCUUCAUAACCAUUUAACCAUUUGCUAGCUCUGUCAAUUAACGCCUAUUUUAUUAGGAACUUUUAAUUAAUUGCUUUUUUAUAUAUUUAACAAUUAAUUUGUACAACAGCCUAAAAGCUAACCACAAAAUACUUCGAGUUGUUUUGAAAUUGUAACUUCUGUUUUGCCUAAAAUAUUAGCAUUUAUAAAUGCAAGUCCUACCAAAGUAAGGCUUAGUUAAUUUAGCAAAGAAGGGAUUAGAUAGUGGUAGAUGAGUGAGCAUUUCGCGCUUCCUGAUGGCUAUGGAAAUGGAUUAGUUGGGUAGGUCUAGCUGGAACAUGAAGGCAAAAAACAAAAGUAGAUUUUUGAAAAAAAAAAACAAAAAAACCACGAAGCACAAACCAAAAACAGAAAGUAAAGACAAGUAAGACAAAACAGAACAACUUUAUUUAACUUGUAAGUAGACGUAAAUUCAUUUUAUACGAGUAAUUUACACAGGUUACCAUCUAAAGCGAAAUCGAAAAAACGAAAUCUAUUUCUAUGAACUCAACAACAUUUGCAUAAACGUUGAACAAUAAUUAUCAUAAUUGUACUUAACUAAUUGUAUCUUGAAUCUUGUAUCUAAACGAAGCACACAUAUCUCGGAUGCCCACUCAGUGGCAUCGAUAUCGAUCGGGGACUAGGCCCCAAACUAAAACUCUAUAUUAAAACAUAUAGUUACCUAAAAGAUACGAGUAUAUCCAGGCCAUUUCGCAAUUUCUCCCCACUCUUCAUGUACAAGCCAUCGAUCAUAUGCAAUUAUUAUACAUUUAUAUCUACAUAUAACAGGACACAUACUCAUUUUAUGAAAUUAGAAAUUUCGUUAUAGACAAAAUCGACAAAAAAGAAGAACAACAAAAGUAACACAAGUAAUGACAAAAAUCAAUAAGAAAAAACAAAGCAUAAGACGUACAAUAUUUUUAACAUAAGUAGUGUUGAAUCUUCGAUAAUAAACUUAUACAUAUAAAUACUAUACCAUCAA